GCCUGGCUGCUCUCUAUAUUGUGUGCACUGCACCGCUCCAGCACAGUCAGCAUGGCUCUCAACGUCCCGGGACUCAUAGCCACCAUCAUAUUCUACCUGCUGGUGCUUGGGAUCGGCAUCUGGGCUUCUUUUAAAUCCAAAAAGGAUGAAAACAGGACGCAGGCCAACCAUGCAGACAUGGCCCUGCUGGGAAACAGGGGGAUCAGCUUGGUAGUGGGAAUCUUCACCACAACCGCUACCUGGGUUGGUGGGACCUUCAUCAUCGGCACAGCGGAGACGGUGUACGAUCCAAAGUUGGGGCUGAUUUGGGCUGUGAUGCCUUUGGCAGCAACUUUGGCCUUCAUUCUUGGUGGUCUGUUCUUUGCUGAGCCAAUGAGAAACAAGAAGUAUGUUACCAUGAUGGACCCUUUCCAGAUCAAGUAUGGAAACGGACUGAGUGGACUUCUGUCUGUGGCACCUCUGAUGUCAGAAGUUAUUUGGGUCACAUCAACACUGAUAAGCUUGGGAGUAACCAUGAGUGUGAUCCUGGAUUUGUCCUACGCUGUGUGCAUCUGGAUUUCUGCUGCUGUGGCCAUCACCUACACACUGCUGGGAGGUCUCUACUCUGUGGCCUACACAGACAUCAUACAGCUCACUCUCAUUUUUGUCACCUCGUGGCUGUGUGUCCCCUUCCUCCUCAUGAGUCCCACCUCGGUUGACAUCACCACCACAUCUUUCAACCACACCUUCCAGCCUCCCUGGGUCGGCACUCUGACUGCAGGCACAGCCUGGAGGUGGCUUGAUAUCUUCUUGCUCCUGAGUGUAGGAGACCUCGGUUUCCAGGACUUCCACCAAAGAACACUAUCAGCCUCUUCCUCAACCACAGCUAAGCUGCGAUGUUACGCUGCAGCGUUUCUCAUCCCCACUUUUGGAAUUCCUCCUGUUCUCAUUGGGGCAGUAGCUGCAUCAACGGACUGGAACAUGACCUCAUAUGGCUCUCCACCUCCGUUUGAACGAGGUCAGACCGGUUUGAUUCUACCUCUCUCCCUACAGCACUUAACCCCGCCCUACAUCUCCGUCAUUGGCAUCGGAGCCGUGGCUGCUGCUGUCAUGUCAUCAACUGACUCUGCCCUGCUGUCUGCUGCCUCGAUCUUCUCCUCUAAUAUUUACAAGAAGAUCCUGAGGACAAAGGCAUCACAGAAUGAACUCGGAUGGGUGAUUCGUAUUGCUGUGGUUGUAUUCGGCCUGGCUGGCACGGCGCUCACCUUCCUGCACACAGGUGUCAUGGCUUUCUGGGUCCUUGGUGGAGAAAUCGCCUACAUCAUGAUGUUCCCGCAGCUGGUCUGCGUGCUUUUCUUCAACAUAUCCAACGGUUACGGUGCCGCCACGGGCUUCGUGGUGGGGUUUCUAUUCAGGCUUUUGUGCGGAGAGCCCUUGCUGGGGAUACCACCCGCCAUCCAUUUCCCAGGAUGCACCCUUGAAGAUGGUGUUUAUGUUCAGUAUUCCCCUAUCAGGACCAUCUGUAUGCUGAUCGCUUUUGCCACCACGUUGCUGGUCUCCUACCUGGCUGCUCUGCUCUUCAACAAAGGACUCAUACCUGAGAAGUGGGACGUGUUUCAGAUUAAAGUCCAGAAACCUCCACUGACUGAAAUUCCAGCAAAUGGUGUCAGCAGAAACGAAAUCAACAACUCAAAACCUCUGUGUGAGGAUGGAGGAGUCUCAGAUCCCAUGUUGGAAGCAAAGUGUUGACAUUUGCUAAAUUACCUCAUACUGUAUCCUUAACAGGACACUAAUCACGGGUAAAGUAAAAACAGUAAACAGGAAAACAAAACAAUAAACAACUAUGGAAGUAGAAAAUGACCUUCAUUGUAUGUAUCGUAUGGGUGAAUAAUAAAGGUAAUAAUAUGAAUAUUCAAAGUAAGAAAAAUGUAUAAAAUAUUUCCUCAGCAUCGCAUAUGGAAAGUCAGUCCUAAUGUGUUAUGGAUGAUGGGGGUACGCACAAUUUUUAAAAUGUAUUUUGACAAAUAAA